CUGCUCUGGGAGGAUGAUGGAUUAUCGGCCUGGCUUUCCUGCAGCCGCUUCAGACAACGACGACGACGAGGAGGAAGAAGAGGAAGAAGGACAAAGAUAUAAACUCCUCCCUAACAUGGCGUGUCAAAGUCAGAAGACAAAAAGUGCACUGUCACUGUUAUCAAACUGACAGUCCCGUACAGGCUGAGUUGAACCAAAGGUCGAAUUGGGUCACACAUCGAGCCAUUCAAAUAUCAGGGCCGAGGGCACAGCGACAGAGAAAAAAAAACAGCCUGGAGUUUGAGCACGGUACAGAGUUUCAAAAAAAAUUCAACAAGGACCGAACACCAGGACAGGCAGUAGCGUGUACAUGGGUGGAGUAGAAAGCAUUUGUCACAAGCAGCAAGAAUUGGUGAAGAGGACAAUGGAAUGUAGGUGGAGGCUCGCUGAAGCCCAGCAGAGACUUUGCGAUUUGGAACUGCACAAUUCUGAAUCUUUGGAACAAGAGCGGGCCAAAGCACAGACUGAAUUCUGGGAGCUUAAACAGAAAGAAGAUGAAUGGAGGCAGAAGGAGGAAGAGCUGAUCUGGAAUGAGCGUCUAAGUUCAUGGAACAUUGAUACAGACAGUAAAGAAGGGUUUAAUAAGAGUGUGAUCAACAAAAACAUAAAGUGUAAAGAAGUAGAAGAAGAUGGGAAAAAUGUAACAUUUGCACAGAAGUAUAACCAACAGAUCAGGCACUUUGGUAUGUUGAAACGAUGGAUUGAUAGUCAGAGAUAUUUGUCAGACCACCCUCACCUCGUUUGUCAAGAGACUGCUAAUUACCUAAUAAAAUGGUGUUUCCAUUUAAAAGAGGAGGAGAAACAAGCACUGAUGGAACAGGUGGCGCACCAGGCUGUUGUUAUGCAGUUCAUUAUAGAACUGGGCAGAAGUCUUCAGGAAGAUCCUCGUGGCUGCUUCAGACAGUUUUUUGAGAAGGCAAAAGUAGCUGAAGAAGGUUAUAUGGAAGCAUUUAACACUGAGCUAGCGGAGUUUAUCCAACGGGUCCGAGAAUUUGCAGAAGCCAAAACUGCAGAAACGGUAACUAUACAUAAUGUGGCUCGGCACCUGAAUCAUUUGGAUGUUCGUUUGCCUCCUGUGGAAGUGUUUGAAUCUUUGCCACAGGAACUCAAACGGUGUUUCCAAUUGCAAGAUGUCCAUGUCCUCCAGAACAUGCUUAGCAACAUGAACCCUCAGGUUGCUGAACACUACUUGCAGCGCUGUAUAGAUGCAGGCUUAAGGAUCUACAAUACUAAAGAAGCCAAAGAAGAAAGAAAUGAAGAACCUAAAAUGGACCUCUCUUAAAUGUUUGGCAAUAACACUAUUAGAUAUUUGCAUCAAAAAAUUUCCCUACAGUGGAAGAAAAGCCUAUUGUUUUUGUAUGUAACUGUUAACUUGCCUGUUUGAAUGCUGCACUUUAUUUGUCAGGUUUGUUUAAAACAAAGUUUAGCUAAUAUGUUGAUAGUAUGAUCUGGAUGCAUUCAAAUGCUGGAUGUUUUGAAAGAAGAUUUGCUGGUCACCUUUUUUCUCCUCUUCCCCGUCCUACACUGGCCUCAAUACCUUCUGGUUUAGUUUUGCUAAGGGUCAGUCAGGUUGCACAGUGAAUUAUGCUGGUGUGCAGAUUUUGCCCUCCUUCAUUACUCUGGUGAUUAAGACUCAUGCUGAUAUUCCCCAGGUGGCAAGUUCCUGAAAACAGGAACUGCCCAGUCAGAAAUAUUUACUUAAAAUACAAAUCAAGAUCCUUACUAAUAAAAUAGAGAAGGGGAUAUAUGGGCUGGUGCCUUUGCCUUUCACAGCUUGGUGUACUUUUCUGCUUUUGGUAAUGUUAGCAAUAAAGCUGAGUAUGAAACAGAUUUCCUCACUCAUACUGAUAUGUCACCAAUGUUGGUGAAAAACACAUCCCAUGGUCGUCUGUUGCACAGGAAAGAUCUAAAAGUUGACCAACUGAAGCCCAGAAGUUUUUAAAAAAAAUCAAACCAAUAUUCAUUAAAAAAUGGGGUAGUGUUGCCGUUUCCUUCAAGGCCCCAAAUUCCCUUACCUCCUUUUGGUUUUAAAAAAAUGUUUACAUUGGUGGCUUUGCAUCUGUCUAUUUCUUUAAGAAAUAUUGUUUGAGCAACAGGCAUACUAUUGACUAAAUUUAAAAAAGCUGACCAGAUGGAUGGUAUUGAUUUCAAAGUACUUGCACAGCGCUAACAGUAUUCCUCUUUACACACAUUAUUUCAGCCUUUACCUAAGAAUGAAUGGAGACUGAGUAUGCAGAAUAGUGGAGCUGUUUCAAUUGUUUUUAAGUAUGACAGCCAGAGUGAAUUUACCCCUAACACUGGAAAAGUGCACCAGUCAGUAGGGGGGGGAAAAUAAAUCUGUGUAUGUAUAUAUUUUUUAAAAAGAACAAAUUACUGUAUAGCAAGUGCUGAGACAGAUGGUUGUGGUAUGUAGAUGAUGCAGUAGAGGAUUUAAGCAGAGCAAUUCAACCCGCCUGUGCUGCCAGAGUAUACUUGCACACUUUCAAAUUGACACUGCUGUGAAACCAGCUGUUCAUCUUUCUCACCAAGUGGGCCUAGAUUACAGUAGCACAGAUAAACUUGAGUAACCAUAAUGCAUUGUGGAGGUGUCAGAAUUUACUGAUUCGGAUUUCCAAUUAACCUGUACAACAAUGACCUUUUCAAUUAAAAUUGGUUUAUGUUUUUCAUGUAACCCAUGAAGUUCUGUGCAGUUCAGGUGGAAGUCCAGGAAUCAAAACAGAUUUUGGGAGAUUGCUAUGCAAAUUGACUUAGCAAAAUUGUACUCUGUGGGGAAAAAAAAACUGACAAUGUGCUCUGAAUAAAUAUGAAAAGUUGCUCUGCAGAAUGAUUUCAGAGUACCAAGGUUGGUACAGUGCAAUAUGGUUUCCAAUUAAAUGUACUUAGAGAAUGUGUGUGAUGUCAGAGUGGGAGUUAGAAUACAGUUCUAAAGUCAGCCUUAUUGUAAACUACCAGCCAUUGAUUUCAUAGUGUGAGUGAGUUUCAAACUGUAUCUAGCCUAACACAAAUGCAUAAUAAUGCAGAUGCUGCAAAUUUGAAAUAGAAAGUGCUGGAAAUACUCAGGUCAACCAGCAUCUGUUGAGAGAGAAAGCGUUAAUGUUUCAAGUUGAUGACCUUUCAUCAGAACUUAAUCCAGUCUAAUCCUUUACUAUUUUGUUGCCUUCUCAAUCUUGUAUUAAUUUAGUGUUUAUAACAUACCUGCUUGUGGAUAAAUAAUUUUUGCCAACUCUUCUACGUACAAAUCUAUACAAGUAAAAUGUGCACUUUUCAUUUCGUUUUUGUUCUGACUUACUUAUGCUAUUAAGUAAAAAUGUGGGUUAACAAUUGGUAUCAAAAUAAGGAAAAUAGUGUUAGUAUUCCCUUCACCCCCACUGUGGUAUUUCAGACUUGAAAGUGUCAGAUGCAUGAGAAUAGCUUUGGAUGAGUGAACUUGGUUUGAUAACUAGAAAAUCUUUUCAGAUAAUAAAACUGGAUAUAAGUGCAGUUUAUUUACUUUUGUUUUCUCAUCAGUAUAUGUUACUUAGAAAUUAAUUCAGAAUGGUUUGUAAUCAACAUAAACGUUGAGGGUGUAUGCAUAAUAUAAGGAAUGCUUUUUGGUUUGGUUUCAAAUUGCAUUUUUGCACAGUCAAAAAUCUUGACUUGCUUAUAAACGAGUCUGAAUUAAAACAAGCAAAAGUUCAAAUUAAAUUCGUUCUAGUUGAAUGUUAAGUUUGCUUUGAAGAUUACAAUUAUUGUAAUAAAAUUGCUGUAUUUUA